AUGGGAUUUGUUUCUUGGCAGAGUCCCUUAUUCAAUGGAUUUAUCAUGGGCGUGAUUGUCCUCAAUUCCUUGGUCAUUGGAUUUGAAACAGUGGAAGAAUGGAAGCAAGCACACACCAACGUGUUCAAAGCACUGGAUGAGUUCUUCCUGGCAAUAUACACCAUGGAAUGUCUAAUGAAACUCUAUGCUGAACCUAAAGGAUACUGGAAAAGCAGUUACAACAGAUUUGAUUUCUCAAUACUUGCCUUGUCAUAUGUCCAGGUCAUCAUGGAUGAACUUAAUGUAGGAGAUAAGAUUCUUACACCAUUACGACUUCUAAGAGGUUUGUGGACCCUUCAUAAUUAUAAUAUGAACACUUUCUAUUACUGUCCCCAUAGUGGCUUAAAAUGUACUUAAAAUGUAUUAACAAAACUGGGUACCCAUUUUCUGUUACUUUUAGUGUAGGUACGCUCUGUCAUGUUGAAAAUAUGUUCUAAUUCUGUUCUCUGAAAGCUACAAACUUAAUUUUUUGUCAUGAUAUUGUCAGUGCAAGUUAAUGAAUCCAUUCCAGAAAAUAAAACAAAACAACCCUUAUAUAAUAGUAAAUACUUACCUACAAGCUAUUUAAUGUCGUCAAAACAUAAUCCUCUGUGGCACAGAGACAAAAUCAUGCCCUAAGACAAGGCUGUGCUCUAAGAAAAAUUGAUGAGAACCCAGUGCUCUGAAAUUGUGAAAUCCAGGGUACCCAGCGCAUGAUUUGUAUGAAAAAAACUUAGAUUUCUAGGCACCAAAGGCCACCAGGUACUGCUAGAUCAAAGCCCUGCUAGACUCAUGGAGCUUUGCAGGGUUCUCAAUAACAGCCAGUGGCCAGCAAAAUUCACCAGCUAUUUCACGUGAACUGAGGCCGCCUACUUUUCUUUGAAAAAAAAAAAGACCCCAAAAAGCCAAAAUUUAGUGUUGUCUGUGUUCUGUUCAAACACUCUAAUGUUUGCUCCAGAAUGCUAGAAAUGCAUUCUAAGAGGCCCAGAUUUUAAAAUGGUGGCAUGCCCCUAGACCCCCCUACUAAAAAUACCAUGCACUUUUGGCACUUCCAAAUUGCGCCUGUGGUGCUAGUUUUUUGCUUCUCCGCCUACUCCAGAGCCUUUGCCACCUACUUAAAAUCUUACACAUCAAUGCAUGCAUUUCCUUUGCAGCCGCUCGCACAUUGCGGACCAUAUCCUUCAUAGAAGGCCUACAGGUUCUGGUCACUGCAUUGAUUGAUACAAUCAGGAAUUCAGUGCUAAAUGUGGUGAUCCUGCUCACUAUGCUAAUGGCAUUCUUUGCUGUUGUUGGUUAUUAUAUUUUUGGUUAUGAAGAAGACACUGGUGACAAAGAGAACUGGGGAACUCUCAGUACAGCUAUGCUUACCCUUUUCACCUUUGUGACUGUAAGUGCAACUGCAUUUGAUAUUCGUGCUCAAUGAUAUGAGACCACAAGUCUUAUUAUUUUAUGAUGGGCAGCUGGUGUAAACACAGNAGAUUUCUAGGCACCAAAGGCCACCAGGUACUGCUAGAUCAAAGCCCUGCUAGACUCAUGGAGCUUUGCAGGGUUCUCAAUAACAGCCAGUGGCCAGCAAAAUUCACCAGCUAUUUCACGUGAACUGAGGCCGCCUACUUUUCUUUGAAAAAAAAAAAGACCCCAAAAAGCCAAAAUUUAGUGUUGUCUGUGUUCUGUUCAAACACUCUAAUGUUUGCUCCAGAAUGCUAGAAAUGCAUUCUAAGAGGCCCAGAUUUUAAAAUGGUGGCAUGCCCCUAGACCCCCCUACUAAAAAUACCAUGCACUUUUGGCACUUCCAAAUUGCGCCUGUGGUGCUAGUUUUUUGCUUCUCCGCCUACUCCAGAGCCUUUGCCACCUACUUAAAAUCUUACACAUCAAUGCAUGCAUUUCCUUUGCAGCCGCUCGCACAUUGCGGACCAUAUCCUUCAUAGAAGGCCUACAGGUUCUGGUCACUGCAUUGAUUGAUACAAUCAGGAAUUCAGUGCUAAAUGUGGUGAUCCUGCUCACUAUGCUAAUGGCAUUCUUUGCUGUUGUUGGUUAUUAUAUUUUUGGUUAUGAAGAAGACACUGGUGACAAAGAGAACUGGGGAACUCUCAGUACAGCUAUGCUUACCCUUUUCACCUUUGUGACUGUAAGUGCAACUGCAUUUGAUAUUCGUGCUCAAUGAUAUGAGACCACAAGUCUUAUUAUUUUAUGAUGGGCAGCUGGUGUAAACACAGGAGAAUAAAUAAUAAUAUUGAGAUUGGCAGCCAUUCUUUUGUUCCUCUGCUACCCUAAUCUGCCUGGUCUUUUGAUGUCUUCUUGCAAGUUCAUGCAAAACUGCAUUAACUUGAAGCACUGCAUUUCUUCUCACUUUUGAUUUCUUCUAGUUUUAAAUGCCAUUAAAAGUAAAAAGCAUGAUAUGCAAGGCCAGUACAGUCUGAAUCAUUAUGGCAAUUUAAGUCAUUCUUUAAAUUUCUCUGAGUAGGGUUAAGAGUGAGUUGUUGAUGAUAGUGGUUUGAGAGACAUUUUAGUUGAUCAAAAAUUACUUCUCUAGAAAAGAAAUUAUGGAUGUAGUCUCUUCCAAUUUGCUCCUACCUUCUGCUUGUAGUCGGCUUUUUUAUUAUCAGCUAAUAAUGUAAUUCAAAGGUUAAAGGUUCCUCUAUCAAGUUACUUCAUUUUUAGGUAGAUGGCUGGACUGAGAUUCAAAAAGAUCUUGACAAGAGGCCUUACAGCCAAUGGUUUACUGUCAUCUUCAUUUUCUUGGGACACUUUAUCUUUACAAAUUUAUUUAUUGGCAUCAUAAUCAUGGUCUGUAUAUGUAUUUUUUUUCCUUCAUAAUUUUAUAACUGAGUUUGUGAAGACAAGUUUUUUAUGGAUAAGCAAUUAACUCCAGUGGUACUGACUCUUAUUUCCUCUGAAGUCCUAUUCUCCUAUGAUACAAAUGUAAUCACUAUUACUUUUAUUACUUUUCAGCUACAGCCUCUUUAUACAAAAUAACUUGGUUUUUGUUGUUUACAGAACAUACAUGAAGCUACUGAGAAGUUUAUAACUCAGCAGAGACAAGAAAAAGAAGCUGUGUUACAGGUCAGUGCCAGAGUUUAAUAUAGUUUGUUGGGUUUGUUGCUUUUUAUUAGCUUUUUAUACCAGCAUGUGUUCCCAACAUUAAUUCAUAUGUAACCAGAAAAUGCUCUGUUGCAACAUCAACUAAAAUGGAGGAAACAGCAAAGAAAAAGCAAUUGGAGAGAAGAUGUACUCUUACCAUUUUUGUACAAUGAAGCUGUCCUUCUCCAGAUUAUUUAAUGAGGAAAUGGCAAAUUCAAUACAAACAUUAUGUGGUGUACUGAAGUGAUUACAGUCAGAUGUUUGAUACAAGUGUUUUGAAAGGCAGUAAAAUGAGCCAGUGGAAAUGAAACUGAACAGUAAAAUAUUAAUGGUUUAAUAAGGUCAGGACCUUCAAGAAAUAAUAAUUAAAAGUGUAGAUAAAAUGCAACAUCUAUAUUUUUAACAAAUUCUCUCCUGACAUAUCAUCAUGAUAAUAAUAUUCUUAUUAUUGUGCUGUUUUAGAUGAAAAAAGAUUUUCUCUUUCAAAGACAACAUGAUGAUGUGAAGGAAAUGUUGGAAAAGCAGGUGCUCUAUAGUGAUCAUGUAUUAAAACAUACCACACACAUAAGACAGAUAGAUUGUACUGCACUCAACACUCCCAUACUUACAGUAUAGAUAGAGAAGUAUAAAAGUCAUGAAACAAAAUAACAAACAGACUAUGAAAUGAAAUGAAAAAGGACUAUUACUGUUUUGGAAUACAGUGUGAAAGAGUGAAAAUAUUAUUAUUUUUUGUUUGUUUAUUUUUGAAAGAAAAACAGCCAGUAUUCCAAUUUUGAAGAGAUGACACACAGCUUUCAGGAGACACUGAGGCAUGAUGACUAUGUAAUUAUGUCUGACCCUUGUGCUAAUCUAACCUGGAUAGAGGCAUUUCUGACUACAUCAGAUCACCUUGACCUCUACAUGCACAGGUAAUGAUACUUAACCAAGCAACACAAUUAAUUACUGUACCAUGUAACCACUGUCAGGAGCCCAUAAUCUAGAGUGAAACUCCAAUACAAGGCCUAUGUCUCAGGGUUUUCACAGACGCUGCUCUCUGUAUUUGCACACACAUUGUCAGGGCUUUUGGCUAAGAGUCGGGGGCCGGAGAUUUUCCCCGAAAGGAAGAUAGAAUCAAAAGAACUUCCCAGCCCCUCUUACUAAUUAGUGCAUUUUGUAAAAUCCAACUAGUUGUCUAUUAUCAAUGCUGCAUUCUGAUUGGUUGAGCUACUACUAGGCUAUAUGUUAUAGCCCACUAGUAGCGAAAACCGCAGGCUUUGAAAACCAAAACAAGAGCUUCAAGUCUAUCUUUAACUACAGCUAAAGUUGUUUUGUCUCGAUAUAUUAAUUUUGACCAACUAGUUGGAUUUUACUAAAACAAUAUUAUUAUUCCUCUCGCCCUCAUGGCCUCUGAGUCAGUGGCCCAUUUGGCCUUCGGCCUCAUGGGCUAUUUACUCAGAGCCCAUUCAGGCUCGAGGAAUAAUUGUUGAAUACCCGGCAACUUCAAAUUUUAGCAACAGCUAGCCCUGCAUUGUGGAGCACUUUUUCACAUGAAACUGGAAGAUCUGCUCUGUCAAGCACAUUCAAUAGCAAGGCAUUUAAAAAACUAAAAUGGUACUAAAACAUGAAUAAUAAUACCAUUAGAACCACUGACAAGAGUCUCAAGAAAGCAUGCAAAAUAAGUAAAAUACGACAGUAUAAAUAUUGUAACUUGCUAUGAAGAUGACCAAUGUACCUUUAGUUGCAAGAACUGCCCAAGCAAGUUGACACUUUUCUAGAAAUCAAAAUUUUAAAGAGGGGAAAUGACUUCUGUACAAGUUGUUUGCCACUACAGUGUCAUGACGUCAGUAGUAAAGAAAUAUCUGUUGUGGUUCAAUUUUAUCCGUAGUUUAAAUUUUCUUUUCUUAUGUUUUUGGGUAUGGUAAUUUAUGAUAAUGAGUUUGAAACAAAAGAAAAGAAAACUUAAUUGAACCACAACAUAUCCACUCCAGAUUGCAGGGAAGAUUGCAUAUACUGUGAUUUAAUAUUAAGGCGCUUGCAAUAUUUCAGAUGCCAACAGAUUCAAUUUCAAGUUGCCAAUGUCCUGGCAGAUAUGGCAGAGAUUAAACUAAAAGAACAAGAACAAGAAUCAACCCCUUUAUCAAGAGGAUUGCAAUUAUUCAUGAGAGCAAAGGCAGGAUUAGGCAAAAAGACUACACCUUGA